AGGCCUCGCCGGCGAGCAGACGACGCGCCGGCAGACGAGUAGCAGACGACGCGAAGAGCGAGAGUCCGCUUGCUAUAACGAUCGCGUUCGUGCGCGGUAUCCUGCCACCUGCCCCUCUGCAACACUGCGUUAUAGCUUGCCUGUCCGGCUUCUCGGCCGCGCCGAGAAUUGUACUUCGUGUGCUCGUCGUGCAGCGAUUUCCGGGCCCGCCCCUGUUGUACGCCUUCGCCGCAGGUGCGCUCGCGUCGUCGUCAUUGCGGCUGAAACCGGGCUUUCUAACGCCGUUCGCCUCCGACACGCGUUCCAGAGUGCCGGCUGCUCCUCCGCUGCCUCGUGCUUGUACGGUGCCGUAGUUAUUCGCCAGUUCCCCCAUCGGAUCCUCUGCCGACUUCCGGCUUCUACUUCCACCUGAAAGUUGUCCACGAUGAAUGCCCUCAGGAGAUCUGCACUUCUGUUGCUGCUGGUUUGUGCCGUCUGGAUGGAUCACUCGGUCAUCGUCUUGGCCCAGGACGAAGCGGCACCUGUCUCAGCCGCUCCAUCAGAAACAGUAAAUGCCUCCGAACCUACGUUGACGGGUUUGGUAUCGGUAAACGAGUCACAUCCUACAGGAGCCGCUUCCCCCGAAGCCUCGACCACGCAGGCCACAACCACUACUUCGACGGAAACCACGACGACGAUGGUGCCGACCACAACAACGUCCACCACGACGGCGGCUCCAACAACAACGACGGCGUCUACAACCACUGCCUCCUCCACUAUGUCUACCAGCAGCGCGAAGACGCCCCAACCUGGGGCGCACAACCAGGUGGCCGAGAACACUACGACCGCAGCGCCGCCUACUACAACGGCCAAGCCAAGCGGUGCCAGCAUGGGUGCAGCGCUGUCGGUCGCAACGUUGGUGUUCGGGCUCUGCCUCGUCCACCUGUAAUUCGACGGACAGAAGCGGGCGCUCGUCCGUUGCUGCUGGAGGCGGAAUACAUCCUCGGCCAUCAGCUCACUCCGGUGGCGAUUGUCUCCGACCAUCCAGCAGCAAGGGUCGAGAUCCUUGCGGGAAUCCGCCUCGAUCCACGAGGGCGGACCAGCGCGCGCAGCACAGGAAAACGGGACCAAACACCACGUGCAAGAGAACGGGAUGGGGCAGGG